ACACUGUCAGUCUAGUGGGCAGUAGCAUCAACUACAAAGCGCAGACGAUAUUUUUCAGGCUAUACAUAAGCAUAACAGCCAGAGAGAGUGCAAAUUCAAUAGUGAGACUAAUCCUGAUAAAAUUGAUCGUAAUUGUAAACUUUACUGCAUAAGUUUACAUUUUCCAAGGUACUUUCAAUGCAAAGAAAACUUCACAUUUCAUACAACGUUUGAGUUGGUUAGCUGAAAGCUUGAACAUUAUAACUUACAUUAGUAGCUUUGAAUAACGAACAAAUAGAUAUUCACAAUGGAAGAUCACGACGUAUCAGCUUCCACGCGAAUGACAAAUGAUGACUUCAGGAAACUUUUGAUGACUCCUAGAUCAUCGGUACCUGCAGCAACUCCAGCAGCAUCUGUACCUGGAACAUUGAGAGCUGAUGCUGCUAAAGCAGCACAAACACCCCAGGUCGGAGGAAGUAAUAGAGCUGAGCUGCGUAAGAAAAAGAAAAGUUACUAUGCGAAGCUUAAAAAAGAAGAAGAAGAUAAAAUGGCCGAGCUGGCUGAAAAAUACAGAGACAGAGCUCGUGAGAGACGAGAUGGCAAUCACCAGGAUCAAGCUGACGAAGCUAUGACAAAUACCAAUGCAUAUAGGGCUGUUGCUCCUGAUGUAAAAUCUGGUUUAGAUGCUGCUGAGCGACGAAGACAAAUGAUUCAGCAAUCUAAAUUCUUGGGAGGUGACAUGGAACAUACUCAUUUGGUCAAGGGGCUCGAUUAUGCUCUUUUACAAAAAGUGAGAAGUGAAAUUGAAGCCAAAGAAUACGAACAAGAGCAGGAAUUAGAAAAACUUGUGAAACCUGUAGAAAAGGCACCAAAAGAAGAGAAAAAAGUUGAGAAGAAAGAAGAAGAGGUUAUGUUUAGAAGUAAAGUGGCUCGAAACAUUUAUAAUACCAUUCAAAUAAUGAAAUCAAAAACAGUUCAACGAAAUGAACAUUUUACUCCGGGAAGAAUGGCUUAUGUUAUUGAUUUGGAAGAUGACACAGGAGUAGAUAUUCCUACUACUCUAAUCAGAUCUAAAUGUGACAUUCCUACAGUUGAUAAUACUCCAACGUUGACAACAAAUGAUAUUGUUAUAAAUAAGUUGACUCAAAUUUUAUCAUACCUAAGACAAGGCAACAGACAUGGUAAAAAAGGAAAAAGAAACAGAGAUGGGCGAUCUAAAUUAGAUGAAUUCAUAGAUAUGGAAAUGGCUCCUCCAAAAGAUACUAUGGGUGAUAGUAUAUAUGGUGAUAUUGGAGACUAUGUACCAAGUACCUCAAAAUCAGAUCACUCGUCGAAAUCUCAUAGAAAGAAAGAUUCUUACUUUGGUAAACCCUUGGAAGAUUUAUCAGAAAAAGACAAUGCUCCAAAACUAAAUUUGGAAUCCAUCAAAGCUGCAGCUAAAGCAGCUACAGUCGCUGAUGUUGUUCGUAAGAAAGGUCCUGGUCUUCUAGAUAAAUUAGCAUCAGAACCAGAAGGAUAUGCAGAAUGCUAUCCUGGCCUUGAUGAGAUGCAAGAUGCCAUAGAUGAUUCAGACGAUGAAGUAGAUUACACAAAAAUGGAUCUAGGUAAUAAGAAAGGACCUAUUGGGCGAUGGGAUUUCGAUACCCAAGAGGAAUAUUCAGAUUAUAUGAAUGCCAAGGAAGCUUUACCAAAAGCAGCAUUCCAAUAUGGUGUAAAAAUGGCGGACGGCCGACGAACGAGAAAAUUCAACAAAGAGAAAAAUGAGAAAGCUGAGCUUGAUCGUGAAUGGCAAACUAUUCAAAAUAUUAUGAAUAAAAGAAAGCCAAGCUCUCGAGAUGAUGGACCUGAAUUCAAAGUCCCUCGGUAUUAAGUGUAAUAAGCGGUGUGAUCCCAUGAAUUUAAACGUCUUCACUAUCACUGACGUAAAUCUCUUAUGCUUUAAUUUAUAUUAUUAUUAAAUAUAAGCAACGACGUACAGUGUAACGACGUCUGAUGACAUUUUUUGUACAUAUAUUGUAAAUAAAGUAUGUAGAUCGUAAUAACAUUAAAA